CAUUCCCCGCCGCAACACUCGGCCGUGCAGAGUCUCUGUCUUCACGGACUCCCUGUCACUCCUCAUGGCGCUCCAAAAAGGUCCCCUGACAGUAACAGACCCCAUAUUGAGAAUACUAUGGAACCUGUUAUUGGACAUGCAACACCGCAAGGCACGCAUACGACUACAAUUUAUAUUUGGCCACUGUGGCGUCAAGAAGAAUGAGGCACGUGAUAAGAAAGCCAAGGCGGUCUUUGAUAUACCGCAGUUCGAGGACACAUGGAUACCGGACGUGGUUGUCUUGGGCGAAACGUCACAUACGUAG